UGCAAGAUGCUAGCAGGCAGAAUGAUUGCACUAGGAUCCUGUGAGACUUCCAGAUACAGAAGGACAAACUGGUGAUGGUAACCAGCUGGACAUAGUGAUGGAUAUAGCUAUACCAAGCAGCAGACUUUAUAUUGUAUAUCCUGCCAUAAAUUGUGUAUGGUAUGAUUUAUUAAGGUAUGAUGGAGUGCCUUCUUUCACAUUCAGACAUGGAUUGAUCUUGAGCUAGGCGGAUGCCGGCCCCCAGUCUGCAUAUUGCCUGGUGCAUAGAGUUCAGAGCUAUAAUACAGAGUUCCAAUGUGGAGAGUCUUCAGUCUGUAUCAACCUCAGCACCACCAAAACUGGUCUAUUUCAGACACACAGAUGUUUAAACCUUUGGUCUGUUAAGCUUGGCCUUCAGCAGGAACCAAAGGCAGUGAUAAGCACCCGCUUUACACGUGUAGCUGUACAUGGGUCUGCAGCAGAGUCCCUCUGUGCUGGUCCUGGGCUUUCUGUUCAAACUUAAACAUUUAGAUCCUGAACGACCUUGUGUGUCCUUGCUUGAACGGCCAUUUGUAUCAGUUAGUGGGACUGAAGGCAAAGGAUUAUAAUGAAAUUUAUUUUGAAUUAUUGAUAAUUAUGUGAUUCUCAAACCAGAAACCCUGGAUGACCAGCCAGAUCCGCACACUUCUCAAAGCCCGGGAUGCUGCCUUCAGGUCGGGCGACUGAGUUCUGUACAGGUCUGCUCAACCCGAUCUGAAAGAAGCUAAGACGGACCAUAAAAGUAGCAUAGAGUCCCACCUGUCCAGCAACAACACACGGGGGGUGUGGCUGGGCAUACAAGACAUCCUAAACCACAGAGGCUGCACUGUGAAAACAGGAAACUUAAGUGCGCCACUGCUGAAGGAGAUAAACACUGGAAGUAGAAGUACUGAGCAUCUCCAUCAUAGUCAGCAUUGGCAGUGAAAACAGAGAAGCAGGAAAGGAGGAGGGCUGAAACUGCACGUCAGAGGUGAUUUCACAAUUGUACUGAUGCUGUUGUGUGUAUAAAGAACGAUCAGCAGCUUUCAGCCAGCCAAACGCUGUCUAUACACACGAGGAAGAGAUGGAGACUAUGAAGACUCUGCUGAAGGUUUAUCUGCUGCUGCUGAUCGGACCUCCCUUCACUCUGGAACAAUCAGUGGUCCAGUACAUCACCGAGCUCCAGGUGUCUCUGGAUGAAGCUGAAGAGACGUAUCUUAGCAGUCAAGGUUUCAUCAAAAUCGAUGUUGAUCUGAACAAAGGAGCUGAAGGAAAAUACAUCUACCUUUGGUACAAAAAAGGCAGCAGCUCACCAAUCACCAGGAUUCAGCUUACAUUCAAUGAUGGCAUGAGCAGGGGUCUGAUCACUGCAGGUUACCAGAAGAUUAACAAGAACCUCAAUGCCGGAACAAGCGGAGACUACAUCUACCUGUGGUACUACAGAGGUAACUCAGAGUACGAUGUUCCCAUUGUGGACCUUCAUGUCUCUAUAGGAGCAAGAGAGGAAGCCCAGAUGUUUGCAUUUGGAUGGGAGAGACUGGCCUGUGAUCUGAACCGGAAAGCUAGAGGAAAAUGGAUCUACCUGUGGGUGAAGAGGGAGAGACCAACUAACGGCUACAUCAGAGUGGAUGAAGAUACCAACAGAGGUGCAGGAGGAUCCUUUGUCUUCAUCUGGUACCGUCAGACCACUAACUCUCAAAGAGCCAUCACAGAUCUGAAGAUCUCCACUGAUGAUAUAGACGAGAUGUUGUUUCAGUAUAUGGGCUUUACAAGGGUAACUACUGAUCUAAGCAAGGGGGCAGGAGGAAGUUACGUGUACCUGUGGUACAAGAAAGACUCCGGUCUUCCCAUUCGGGCGGUCUCUGUGAUCGUCAACACAGCAGCUGUGGAGCAGUACAGAUAUCCCAGGGUCUUCAUUAGACAAAACAACCUCAACAGUGGGAACAACGGUAAUACGCUGUACCUGAGCUUCAGUUCGUUUUAG